GAGGCUUGCUUAUGUAUAGGUCUCCCCUUUAACGUGCUUCUUUACAGUCCCUGGACAAACCGCUUUUUGUCCGUUUUUGCUGAGAAACCUUGCUCCGGGCCAUGUCUAUCUUGGCUCUAAUCCAUUCUUCACCAGAGAAGAGUGGCAGUUUAGUGAGGACAAGGCGUAUUUCUUUAUUGUUUCUUUUGAAUUAGUGCACAAACAUUGAGCUUUAUCUCGAUACUUGCUGAUGCUCUAAUUUCUAGUCAGUAUCAAUUCAUAAGAAAUACUUCUAAUGGUUUGGCGUAUCCUAAGAUUGUAUUAUCUUUUGAAAAACAUGCAUAAGUGAAUGAGUCCAAUAGAUCAACAUGCAACUUGUUAUGUCAGGAUUCCUGGAAAGAAGGGAAAAAAAAAGUGUGGUAAGGACUUUGACAUUUAUUGCGCUUGUAUGACUUUCAAAAAAAGGGUCCAACAUUUACUUCUCAGAUAGAAGCAGAAAAGUUGAACUACUCUUGAUUGGUGUGUCAGUUUUUUGGGGCCUUUAAAAACACAUAUCAAACACACUGCAGUACUGCACGCACUUGGACUGUUACCGUCCGUCUUCAGGCUCAAAUCCUCCAAUUUUUUUGUUUGGUUGUUUGGUCUAUGGUGUGGUUGUGCUUCAUUUGUCCAGAGGAGGAGUUGUUGUACUCAGUGGUAGCUGGAGUUUGUCUCGAGACCCAUUCGUUCAUUGUGUCACUGUCUCUGGUCCUUUUUCAGCUACAUCUUUAGAUCAUGCUUAUGGAAUUUGAAGGGAGGGUUGAGGUAAAAAUGCAGGACGAGAAACGCCAAGGCCACCUUUUGGAGGAAAUGCACUCUAACAGGCUGCCUUCAGGGCACAACCGCUCCGAGAGUGAUACCCAGAAGAGUAAUGGAGAAGAUGAACUGAACCCUUUCUCUGGAGCAACCCAUAAUAAUGCUAAAGCACUUAAUGGAAAGCCCAAUGGUGACGGCCGGAUUGAGGACGAUACACCACCAGGAGCUAAGGUCCACAGCACGUUGAAGCAAGAGAUUUUGCAACUUGAAAAGCGAUUACAGGAUCAACUCACAAUGAGAUAUGCUCUUGAAAAAGCAUUAGGAUAUAGUUCUUCUGCAGUUUGUGCCUCAAAAGAAAUUUCCAUGCCAAAGCCAACAAAGGAACUGAUAAGGGAGAUAGCCGUAUUAGAGUUAGAGGUUAUGCAUCUGGAGCAGUAUCUGUUGUCACUUUAUCGUAGAGCUUUCAAUAAUCAGCCAAUGACUAAAUUGAGUUCCGAAUCAGAGUUGCUUCAUGAAUCUGCAAAACUUAAGCCCUUGCCUACUAAAGGAAAAUCAAGAGCUCCAUUGAGUCGAUCUGAAGUAACUCAGAAAUUGAUUACCCGCACAGCGAAUGAUGAUUUUGAACUCAAGUGCCAAGACAAGCUACUUGGUUCUAGUGUCCACCGCAGCCAUUCUUCGCUUUCUCACCGUGCAAUUUCUUCUGCUAGGAUAUCUCCUUCAGAAGAUAGCCUAGCAAGAGCUCUCGACUCAUUCCAUUCUCAACCUUUGUUUUUUCAUGAGGAGCAACAAAAUGAUAAUUCUGGGGUGAUUAGCUUGGCUGAAUACCUUGGGACUAGUAUUGCUGAUCAUGUUGCAGACACGCCUAAUAAACUUUCAGAAGACAUGGUUAGAUGUAUGGCUGCUAUAUAUUGCAAACUUGCCGAUCCACCUUUGGUUUAUCAUGGUCUUUCAUCCUCUCCGACUUCAUCCUUCUCUUCCAUGAGUGCACUGUCUCCUCAGUACUUGGGAGAUAUGUGGAGUCCUGGCUAUAAAAGAGAAUCCACUCUGGAUUCACGAUUGGUUAAUCCAUUUCGGGUUGAAGGACUGAAAGAGUUCAGUGGACCAUACAAUGCUAUGGUGGAGGUGCCCUUAAUUUGUAGGGAUCGUCGGAGACUCAAGGAUGUUGAAGACAUGCUAUGCAAUUACAAGUUGAUCCUUCAUCGAGUGGAGAGAGUCGAUCCAAGGAAACUAAAAAAUGAUGAGAAGCUUGCUUUUUGGAUAAAUGUCCACAAUGCAAUAAUCAUGCAUGCACAUAUAGAACAUGGAAUUCCAGAGGGUAAUGUGAAAAGAACUUCUUUGUUCAUUAAGGCUAUGUGCAACAUUGGCGGUCGAUCCUUGAAUGCUGCCAUGAUACAAGGUUACAUUCUUGGUUGCAAAACACACUAUACAGGGCAGUGGCUUAGGAUGUUGCUCUACCCAAGGUUCAAGCAAAAGGCUAAAGACGUCUGGCAAGGCUAUGCGAUUGAUCAACCAGAACCUCUUCUUCAUUUUGCACUUUGUUCGGGAAGCCAUUCCGACCCCGCGGUCCGUGUAUAUACUUGCGAUAGGUUGUUCGAGCAGCUUGAAUCAGCUAAAGAAGAGUACAUUCGCGCGACAGUUGGCAUUUGGGAAGAAGAGAAGAUCAUUCUGCCGAGGAUCAUAGGUUCAUAUGCCAAAGACACAAAGUUAGGCACCCAAACACUGGUUGAUAUGAUCCAGUGUUACCUCCCUGAGACUCUCAGAAUGGCAAUGCAGAGAUGCCAACAGAGCAAAUCCAAGAAGAUAAUUGAAUGGGUGUCUCACAACUUCAAUUUUAGGUAUUUGCUUUCAAGAGACUUGGCAUUUCCACAGAUAAAUUGAGAACAGAAUGAGUUGUGGUGUCAUGACAGUAUCAUUCCAUUCCUUUUUCUUUUUUCUUUUUUUUUUUUGUACAAAAAAGAAGAAGAUCAUACUGUUGUAUAUUGAGAAGCUUGCAAUGUAUUAAAUGUGCAUAAUAUAAUUCAGAUCAGGCUUGUGGAA